GUUGUGUGGCAAUAGCGUGAAUAACGCUAAGUCCUCAUAAAAUCUUGGACUUAGAAAAUUUCUGCUCAGUUAAAAAGUGCAUAAGACAGGAUAAUGAGUGUUGAUAAUACCACUGCCGAACCGAAUUCUGGAAUUCACCAGAAUGGAGGAACAGGUGAUCAUAUCAAUGGUGUAACCAAUGGUUAUCCAGAAAAGCAUAAAUCGAGUCACAAAUCUUCAUCUCAUGACAAACAUCGGAGUAAAGAUAAAGAUAAGGAAAGAAGCAAAGACCAUAAAAGCUCUUCCAGCAAACAUUCGUCCAGCUCCAGCAGGGAUAAGGACAAGCACUCCAGCAGCAGUAAAGACAAAGAAAGAAGUCACAGUCACAAAUCCUCCAGCAAGGACAAAGAUAGGGAAGGAAGAUCAGACAAGGACAAGAGCAGCUCGAAUAAGGAAAGAUCUUCAGAUAAGGAGAGAUCAGAUAAAGAUAGAUCUGACAAAGAUAAGCAUAGGUCCAAAGAACACAAAAGUAGUUCGAGAGACAAGGAUGGGGAAAGGAAAGAGUCCAGCAGUAGUAGUUCUCACCGAGAUAAGGACAAGAGUAAACACAAACACUCAUCGAGCAGCAGAGAUCAUGAUGAUAAAUCAAGAAGUAAAGACAAGGAAAGGCACAGGGAUAAGGAUAAGGAAAGGAGCAAAGAUAAACACAGGGACAAACAUAGAGAUCGAGAGAGUAGCAGUUCUAAAAGUAAAUCAAGUGAUAGCGGUGAUACCUCAACAUCUCAAGAAGUUGUUCCUUCAGACAGUGAAUUUAUUAAACCUUCAUUGAACUGCAUUAAGGAGGAAAUUGAGAGCCAAGAAAUUGAGAUGCCGCCCAUGAAAAUUGAAGUAGACAGCUCUUCAGCAUAUGAAUCUAAAGCACAUUUAAAUGAUUCUCAAAGCUCGUGUGAUUAUUCAAUGACGCAAUUCAAAGAUGAAGUGAAGGAAGAGCUUCCACCGGAGGAGGAGGAAUUAGAAGAAGAAACCUAUGAAGAUGAGGAAGAAAAUAAUGAAAAUGAUCAGGAUGAAGAUUAUGAAGAAAAUGUGGAGAUCAAGCCAGAAGUCAAAGAGGAAGAACCAGAAGAAGAUAGCGAGGAGGAUAUUCCAUUGAAUUUCAACUCCCAUAAGCAAUUGAGUGCUAGAGUCAAUAAUACCAAAAGAAAAAUUGUAAGUGAAGAAGAUAGUGAGGAAGACGUUCCUAUAUCACAACGAAAGAAGAAAAAAACUGAGAAGAAGACUAAAAAGGCUAAGAAACGAUCACAUGAUGAUGAUGACGAUGAUUAUGAUGAUGUGAAGCCUGCAAAAACUAAAGUUAAAAAAGAGAAAACAAAAGUGAAGAAAGAAAAAACUCAAACAAAAGUAAAGACAGAAAAUGCUACACAACAGAGCCCGACCAAAGGUAGAAAGAAGAAGGUUGAGGAAGAGCAGGAAGUUUGGAAAUGGUGGGAAGAAGAGAAAAAGAAUGAUGGUACUAAAUGGACAUUUUUGGAACACAAAGGACCUUUAUUUGCUCCCCCUUAUGAAAGACUACCAGAAAAUGUCAAAUUUCUCUAUGAUGGCAAAGUUAUGGAAUUAUCUCAAGAUGCGGAAGAAGUAGCAUGUUUCUAUGCCAAAAUGUUGAAUCACGAUUAUACUAGUAAACCUGUUUUCAAUGAAAACUUCUUCAAAGAUUGGCGGAAAACCAUGACACAAGAAGAAAAAAAUAUAAUUAAAGAUUUGACCAAAUGUGAUUUUAGGAAAAUGAAUGCUUACUUUACUGAUUUGUCAGAGAGAAAUAAACAACGUACUAAGGAAGAAAAGCUAAAGCUUAAAGAACAAAACGAAGCCCUUGUUAAGGAAUAUGGAUUUUGUAAAAUUGAUGGACACACUGAGAAAAUUGGCAAUUUCAAAAUAGAACCCCCAGGCUUAUUUAGAGGCCGUGGUGAACAUCCUAAGAUGGGUAUGGUUAAAAAGCGAGUAAUGCCUGAAGAUGUUUUAUUAAAUUGCUCGAAAGAUAGUGUUAUUCCUGUACCUCCACCUGGACAUAAGUGGAAAGAAAUUAGACAUGACAACACAGUUACUUGGCUUGCAUCUUGGACUGAGAAUGUGCAAGGACAGGUUAAGUAUGUUAUGCUAAAUCCAAGCUCAAAAUUAAAAGGUGAGAAAGAUUGGCAGAAGUAUGAAACUGCACGUAAAUUAGCAAAAUGUAUUGAGAAAAUUCGUGAAACAUAUAUUGCUGAAUGGAAAGCUAAAGAAAUGAAAGUAAGACAACGUGCUGUAGCAUUAUAUUUUAUUGAUAGACUGGCUUUAAGAGCAGGUAAUGAAAAAGAUGAAGAUCAAGCAGAUACUGUAGGUUGUUGUAGUUUACGUGUAGAACAUAUAGAGUUACACAAAGAAAAAGAUGGCAAAGAAUAUGUUGUUGUCUUUGAUUUUCUUGGUAAAGAUUCUAUCAGGUAUUAUAAUGAAAUUCCUGUUGAGAAGCGUGUGUUCAAAAAUUUGGAAUUAUUCAAAGAAAAUAAAAAAGCAGGCGAUGAUUUGUUUGAUCGUCUUAAUACUACUGUUUUGAAUGAGCAUCUACGUGAAUUGAUGGACGGUUUAACUGCAAAAGUUUUCCGUACAUAUAACGCUUCGAUAACUUUACAAAAUCAACUCCAAGAAUUGACAGAUCCAGAUGCCUCCAUUCCAGAAAAAAUGUUGGCUUACAACAGAGCAAAUAGAGCUGUAGCUAUUCUGUGUAACCAUCAAAGAGCUGUCCCGAAAAGUCAUGAUAAAUCUAUGUCCAAUCUCCGAGAGAAGAUGAAUCAGAAGAGAGAGCAAAUUGAUGAGAUGGAAAAACAAGUAAAAGAUGCAGCAAAGGCAGCCAAGCGUGGUAGCGUGAAGGAGAAAGUGAUUCAUGAAAAGAAGAAGAAAGCUUUGGAUAGAUUGAAAGAUCAGUUGAAGAAGAUGGAGGUUCAAGAAACAGAUAGAGAUGAAAAUAAAACCAUUGCUUUGGGCACAUCCAAAUUGAACUACUUGGAUCCUAGGAUAUCAGUCGCUUGGUGUAAGAAAUUUGGAGUGCCAAUUGAAAAGGUGUAUAACAAAACACAAAGAGACAAAUUCAGGUGGGCAAUUGACAUGGCUACAGAAGAUUAUAUAUUUUAGUUGGACAAGCUUGAUUUAACACUGUGUUUACCCUCUUUGUAAAUAGUACAAUUUUAAAACAUAUUUAUAUGUUGAACUUUUGGUCAAUUUUUUAAUAGACUUGACCGGAACUUAUGUAUAAUGCAUGGGUAGGCAGUUUUAUAGAAGUGAAUAUGAAACUUAAUUUAUGAAUUAAAAUGCAUAUUUACUCUCUAUAUUUAAAUUUGAUUAGUUAUUUUAUUUCACAAUGUAACAUGCAUUCAUGCAUUUUACAUAAUGAUUCAUUUAAAGCGAAUAUCUUAAAUUAUUUUAAUACUUGCAACAAUAACACAGUUGUUGCUAUUUUGACUUACUAGAUUAGUAUUAUAAAAAUAUUUUUUUAGUAUACCAUUUA